GGGGGCGGCGCUGCGCUGCGCCGCGCUGCGCUCCAGCCCCGACCGGGCCGGGGCCGUGGAUGCCUGGUCUCCGCUCCUGCUGCCUGCCGGGCGGGCUCCGGCGGCCGGUUCUGUCGGGGCUGGCACGUUGCUGCGUCCCAAGUGAGACCCUAUCGCGGCAAAAGGCGCCACGGGGCUGCGGCUGUGGCUGCGCCGGCCAGGCCGAGGGAAAAUGCUAAGGGCUGCCGGACUCCCGGGCUCCCGGCGCUGCGGCGGGCGGGCCAGCUGAUGUCAUGCGAGAAGCGUGCAUUCGGAGCAGGGUGCACACCUGGAGCCAGAUAAGCUCCGUGUGACCUGGAGCAGCAAGGUGGGGGUCCAAAGGUCCUGUGCUAAGCACCCAUAAUCCUCUAGGGGUGCCACCCAAAAAAACAAAACCCCACCAUGUUUAACUUAAUGAAAAAAGAUAAGGACAAAGAUGGCGGGCGGAAGGAGAAGAAGGAGAAAAAGGAGAAGAAAGAGCGGAUGUCAGCAGCAGAGCUGCGGAGCCUGGAGGAGAUGAGUCUCCGUCGUGGAUUCUUCAACCUGAACCGCUCCUCCAAGCGUGAAUCCAAGACACGCCUGGAAAUCUCCAACCCCAUCCCCAUCAAGGUAGCCAGUGGGUCUGACCUGCACCUGACUGACAUUGACUCUGACAGCAACCGGGGCAGCAUUAUCCUAGACUCAGGCCACUUAAGCACAGCCAGCUCCAGCGAUGACCUCAAGGGUGAGGAAGGCAGCUUCAGGGGCUCUGUGCUGCAGCGGGCAGCCAAGUUCGGCUCACUAGCCAAGCAGAACUCACAGAUGAUUGUCAAGCGCUUCUCUUUCUCCCAGCGAAGUCGGGAUGAAAGCGCCUCAGAAACCUCAACCCCCUCAGAGCACUCUGCAGCCCCAUCACCACAGGUGGAGAUAAGGACACUAGAGGGACAACUGUUGCAGCAUUCUGGCCCAGGCAUCCCUCGAGCAGGACACCGUUCUCGAGUCCCUGAGCUGGUGACUAAAAGGUUCCCAGCUGACCUGAGACUCCCCCCAGUGGUGCCUCCACCACCCCCUGCCCCCAGGGAACUGGAACUGCAACGAAGGCCCACCGGAGACUUUGGUUUCUCCCUGAGGCGUACAACCAUGCUGGAUCGUGGCCCUGAGGGCCAGGCCUAUCGCCGGGUGGUUCACUUUGCUGAACCUGGUGCUGGUACCAAGGACCUGGCUCUUGGGUUGGUGCCAGGAGACCGACUGGUGGAGAUUAAUGGGCACAAUGUGGAGAACAAGUCCAGAGAUGAGAUUGUGGAGAUGAUCCGACAGUCUGGGGACAGUGUGCGGCUUAAGGUUCAGCCCAUCCCAGAGCUCAGCGAGUUGAGCCGGAGCUGGUUGCGGAGUGGCGACGGACACCGCAGGGAGCCAGCCGAUCUGGACCCUGAAGCUGCCUCUCCUGCCCACAGCCAGGUAGGGUGCUCCUAUCCCCCUCAGAAGUUCUCCGCGUCCUCCAGUGAUCACCUACCACCUCUGGCCUGUGCCUGGGCUGGCGUCUGUGCUCGGGCCUCAUGCUGGAGCGCCAAAACAGAAGAGCAGAUUGCAGCUGAGGAAGCCUGGUAUGAGACAGAGAAGGUGUGGCUGGUCCAUAAGGAUGGCUUCUCUCUGGCCAGUCAGCUCAAGUCGGAGGAGCUCAGUUUACCUGAGGGGAAGGUGCGUGUGAAGCUAGACCAUGAUGGAGCCAUCCUGGAUGUGGAUGAGGAUGACGUAGAGAAGGCUAAUGCUCCCUCCUGCGACCGUCUGGAAGAUCUGGCCUCGCUGGUGUACCUCAACGAGUCUAGCGUCCUACACACGCUGCGCCAGCGCUAUGGCGCUAGCCUGCUGCACACCUAUGCUGGCCCCAGCCUGCUGGUUCUCAGCCCCCGUGGGGCUCCUGCCGUAUACUCAGAGAAGGUGAUGCACAUGUUCAAGGGGUGCCGGCGGGAGGACAUGGCACCCCACAUCUAUGCUGUGGCCCAGACAGCAUACAGGGCAAUGCUGAUGAGCCGUCAGGACCAGUCUAUCAUCCUCCUGGGCAGCAGUGGCAGUGGCAAGACCACCAGCUGCCAGCACCUGGUGCAGUACCUAGCCACCAUCACAGGCACCAGCGGGAACAGGGUGUUUUCCGUUGAGAAGUGGCAGGCCCUAUACACCCUCCUGGAAGCCUUUGGGAACAGCCCCACCAUCAUGAAUGGCAAUGCCACCCGCUUCUCCCAGAUCCUCUCCCUGGACUUUGACCAAGCUGGCCAGGUGGCCUCAGCCUCCAUUCAGACGAUGCUUCUGGAGAAGCUCCGUGUGGCUCGACGCCCUGCCAGUGAGGCCACAUUCAAUGUCUUCUACUACCUGCUGGCCUGUGGAGAUGGCACCCUCAGGACAGAGCUCCACUUGAACCACUUGGCAGAGAAUAAUGUGUUUGGGAUCAUGCCAUUGGCCAAGCCUGAGGAGAAGCAGAAGGCAGCUCAGCAAUUCAGUAAGCUGCAGACAGCCAUGAAGGUGUUGGGCAUUUCCCCUGAUGAGCAGAAGGCCUGCUGGCUCAUCCUGGCUGCUAUCUACCACCUGGGGGCUGCAGGAGCCACCAAAGCUGGGCGCAAGCAAUUUGCCCGCCAUGAAUGGGCCCAGAAGGCUGCAUACCUGCUGGGCUGCAGCCUGGAGGAGCUGUCCUCGGCCAUCUUCAAGCACCAGCACAAGGGUGGCACCCUGCAGCGCUCCACUUCCUUUCGUCAGGGCCCUGAGGAGAGCAGCCUGGGGGACGGCACAGGUCCCAAAAUGAGUGCAUUGGAGUGUUUAGAGGGCAUGGCAUCUGGCCUCUACAGCGAGCUCUUUACCCUUCUCAUCUCCCUAGUGAACAGGGCUCUCAAGUCCAGCCAGCAUUCGCUCUGCUCCAUGAUGAUUGUGGAUACUCCAGGCUUCCAGAACCCUGAGCAGGGUGGCUCGGCCCGUGGAGCCUCAUUUGAGGAGCUGUGCCACAACUAUGCCCAGGACCGGCUGCAGAGGCUCUUCCAUGAGCGCACCUUUGUGCAGGAGUUGGAAAGAUACAAGGAGGAGAACAUUGAGCUGGCGUUUGAUGACAUAGAGCCCGCCGCAGAUGACUCGGUGGCUGCAGUGGACCAGGCCUCCCACCAGUCUCUGGUACGAAUGCUGGUCCGUUCGCUGGCCCGCACAGACGAGGCAAGGGGCCUACUAUGGCUGCUGGAAGAGGAGGCGCUGGUGCCAGGGGCCACUGAGGAUACCCUCCUGGAACGCCUUUUCUCCUAUUAUGGCCCCCAGGAAGGUGAUAAAAAAGGCCAAAGUCCCCUUCUGCGCAGCAGCAAACCACAUCAUUUUCUCCUGGGUCACAGCCAUGGCACCAACUGGGUAGAGUACAACGUGACUGGCUGGCUGAGCUACACCAAGCAGAACCCAGCCACCCAGAAUGCCCCCCGGCUCCUACAGGACUCCCAGAAAAAGAUCAUCAGCAACCUGUUUCUGGGCCGGGCAGGCAGCGCCACGGUGCUCUCGGGCUCCAUCGCUGGCCUGGAAGGUGGCUCACAGCUUGCACUGCGCCGGGCCACCAGCAUGCGGAAGACCUUUACAACAGGCAUGGCAGCUGUCAAGAAGAAGUCGCUGUGCAUCCAGAUUAAGCUGCAGGUGGAUGCCCUCAUUGACACCAUCAAGAGGUCCAAGAUGCAUUUUGUUCACUGCUUCCUGCCUGUAGCUGAGGGUUGGGCUGGGGAACCCCGAUCCGCCUCCUCCCGCCGCGUCAGCAGCAGCAGCGAGCUGGACCUGCCUCCAGGAGACCCCUGUGAAGCUGGGCUCCUGCAGCUUGAUGUGCCUCUACUCCGUGCCCAGCUUCGGGGCUCCCGAAUGCUUGAUGCCAUGCGCAUGUACCGCCAAGGUUAUCCUGACCACAUGGUGUUUUCUGAGUUCCGCCGUCGCUUUGAUGUCCUGGCCCCACACCUGACAAAGAAACACGGGCGUAACUACAUUGUGGUGGAUGAGAAGAGGGCGGUGGAGGAGCUCCUGGAGUCCUUGGACCUGGAGAAGAGCAGCUGCUGCAUGGGCCUGAGCCGGGUGUUCUUCCGGGCAGGCACGUUGGCGCGACUGGAGGAGCAGCGGGAUGAGCAGACCAGUAGACACCUAACCCUGUUCCAGGCGGCCUGCAGGGGCUACCUUGCCCGCCAGCACUUCAAGAAGAGAAAGAUCCAGGACCUGGCCAUUCGCUGUGUACAAAAGAACAUCAAGAAGAACAAAGGGGUGAAGGACUGGCCCUGGUGGAAGCUCUUUACCACUGUUCGACCCCUCAUCGAAGUACAGCUGUCAGAGGAGCAGAUUCGCAACAAAGACGAGGAGAUCCAACAGCUGCGGAGCAAGCUUGAGAAGGUGGAAAAGGAGCGAAACGAGCUGCGGCUCAACAGUGACCGGCUGGAGACCCGGAUCUCAGAGCUGACAUCGGAGCUGACAGAUGAACGUAACACGGGAGAGUCCGCCUCCCAGCUGCUGGACGCGGAGACAGCGGAGAGGCUCCGAGCUGAGAAGGAAAUGAAGGAGCUGCAGACCCAGUAUGAUGCACUGAAGAAGCAAAUGGAAGUGAUGGAGAUGGAGGUGAUGGAGGCCCGGCUCAUCCGGGCAGCUGAGAUCAACGGGGAAGUGGAUGAUGAUGAUGCAGGGGGCGAGUGGCGGCUAAAGUAUGAGCGAGCCGUGCGGGAAGUGGACUUCACCAAGAAGCGGCUCCAGCAGGAGUUAGAAGACAAACUGGAGGUGGAGCAGCAGAGCAAGAGGCAGCUGGAGAGGCGGCUUGGGGACCUACAGGCAGAUAGUGAUGAAAGCCAGCGGGCUCUGCAGCAACUUAAGAAGAAGUGCCAGCGACUAACAGCUGAGCUGCAGGACACCAAGCUGCACCUGGAGGGCCAGCAAGUCCGCAACCAUGAGCUGGAGAAGAAGCAGAGGAGGUUUGACAGUGAGCUCUCACAAGCACAUGAGGAGGCCCAGCGGGAGAAGCUGCAGCGGGAGAAGCUGCAGCGGGAGAAGGACAUGCUUCUUGCUGAAGCUUUUAGCCUGAAGCAGCAACUGGAGGAAAAAGACAUGGACAUUGCGGGAUUCACACAGAAAGUCGUCUCAUUGGAGGCUGAGCUCCAGGACAUUUCUUCCCAAGAGUCUAAGGACGAGGCCUCUCUGGCCAAGGUCAAGAAGCAGCUCCGGGACCUGGAGGCCAAAGUCAAGGAUCAGGAAGAGGAGCUAGAUGAGCAGGCGGGGACCAUCCAGAUGCUGGAGCAGGCCAAGCUGCGUCUAGAGAUGGAGAUGGAGCGGGUGAGACAGACCCAUUCCAAGGAGAUGGAGAGCCGGGAUGAGGAGGUCGAGGAGGCCCGGCAGUCAUGUCAGAAGAAGUUAAAGCAGAUGGAAGUGCAGCUUGAGGAAGAGUAUGAAGACAAGCAGAAGGCGCUGCGGGAGAAGAGGGAGCUAGAGAGCAAGCUUGCCGCACUGAGCGACCAGGUGAGCCAGCGGGACUUUGAGUCAGAGAAGCGGCUGCGGAAAGAUCUGAAGCGCACCAAGGCCCUGCUGGCAGAUGCCCAGAUCAUGCUGGACCACCUGAAGAACAACGCCCCCAGCAAGAGGGAGAUCGCCCAGCUAAAGAACCAGCUGGAGGAGUCAGAGUUCACUUGUGCAGCAGCCGUUAAAGCACGGAAAGCAAUGGAGGUAGAGAUCGAAGACCUUCACCUACAGAUUGAUGACAUCGUCAAGGCCAAAACAGCGCUGGAGGAGCAGCUGAGCCGCCUUCAGCGUGAGAAGAAUGAGAUCCAGAACCGACUAGAAGAGGAUCAGGAGGACAUGAAUGAGCUGAUGAAGAAGCACAAGGCUGCAGUGGCUCAGGCUUCCAGGGACCUGGCACAGAUGAGUGAUCUACAAGCUCAGCUAGAGGAAGCCAACAAGGAGAAACAGGAGCUGCAGGAGAAGCUACAAGCCCUCCAGAGCCAAGUGGAGUUUCUAGAGCAGUCUAUGGUGGACAAGUCCCUGGUGAGCAGGCAGGAAGCAAAGAUCCGGGAGCUGGAGACACGUCUGGAGUUUGAAAGGACCCAAGUGAAGCGGCUGGAGAGCUUGGCCAGCCGGCUCAAGGAAAACAUGGAGAAGCUGACUGAGGAACGGGAUCAGCGCGCUGCAGCAGAGAACCGGGAGAAAGAACAGAACAAGAGGAUACAGCGGCAGCUCCGGGACACCAAGGAGGAGAUGGGUGAGCUCGCCAGGAAGGAGGCUGAGGCGAGCCGCAAGAAGCAUGAACUGGAGAUGGACCUGGAGAGUCUGGAAGCUGCUAACCAGAGCCUGCAGGCUGACCUGAAGCUGGCAUUCAAGCGCAUUGGGGACCUGCAGGCUGCCAUUGAGGACGAGAUGGAGAGUGAUGAGAAUGAGGACCUUAUCAACAGUUUGCAGGACAUGGUGACAAAGUAUCAGAAAAGAAAGAAUAAACUUGAAGGGGACUCGGAUGUGGACUCAGAGCUGGAGGACCGGGUCGACGGGGUCAAGUCCUGGUUGUCAAAAAACAAGGGACCUUCCAAGGCAGCUUCUGAUGAUGGCAGCUUGAAGAGUUCCAGAACGGCCCUCAACAGCCUCCCCAGGGAUGCCAAGGGGGUGGAGGAGAGGCCAGCCUCGGUGCUGAGCUCACUCAGCUAUCGAAAACGGCUGACCCUGAAGGACUCCAUCGGGGGCACGGGGGACGAGGACUCACUCUUCACCACCCUGAGUGAGCGCGCCACCUCCCCAGAGAGGCCCCCCCGCAAAGCCCGCCAGGGUCCCAGGGAAGAGCCCGUCCAGGGCCGGAGGUCCAAGGAGCCUGAUGAAUGUGGCUCCAUCUUUUCAGAGGUUGGAAGCCGUGCAGGCCGGGGGCUAGAAAAGCGGUGGGGUUCAGAUUUUGACCGGUCCUCCACGGUCUCUGCUCCCGUCAGCCGGGCCUCCUCGGCCACACGGCGUGGCUCUGGGGAGGAUGGGGCCCGUUCCGCCCUGAGCUUCUCGCUGUCAGGCUCACCCAGCUCCCGCCGCAGCACCUCCCGGCUUGAAGGCCUGGCCAGGACUCUCAGCCCAUCCUGGAGCCGAGCCUCAGGCCUGGGCCUGGAGAGCCCUGACUCCCGAAUGUCCCUGGGCCGGAGCUGCCUGGAUGAGUGGGAUGAUGGAGCCAGUGUGGCCCUGAGCGAGGCACACUCAGAGUUCAGCCAUCCAUCGCUGGCCCGAAGUCUGUCCGUGCCACCCCAGCCACGGGGCUUGGCCUCAGCCACUGAUGAGCCGCUCAGUUCUAGCGUCCGUCCUGUCAGCCGUCGCUCCUACCUGGACCCAGACCUGGAGGCUGCCAUCAAUGAGGUCUUGAGCUACAAACCUGUCCCAUUCCAGAGAAGCAGCCUAGAGCCUGACUCUGAGGAGGACGAUCGCAAGAGUAUCCAAAGUGCCCGAAGCGCCCGACUGGGUUCCCCAGAACGUGGCACCAGCAUCCGCCGCUCUGCCUCAGCUGCUGAUGUCUCUAGGACGCGCAGUGGACACAAGAGCCGGAGCAAGCACAGGAGGAGAAGGAGCAGCUCCAGCUCCAGCUGCAGCUCCGAAGGCUCCUCAGAGCACAAGCGGAGGAGGAAGGGGCGCUCUCGGAAGAACAAGAAGAAGUCCAAAUCGAGAAGAAAGAGAACCGAGACAGAGUCUGAUUCCUCCUCAUCCUCAUCCAGUGGCUCAACGGUCUCAGGUCACAGUGGGUCAAGCGUGAAGAAGGGUCCUGCCACCGAAAGUGAGGAGGCGGGGCAGACGCUCCGGCAGUCGAGGAAGGAGGAGAAGAAGCGCAAGAAGGAGGUGGACAGUCUGAUGAUGCGGUACCUGUACCGACCUGAGAGCGACUAGUGUACCCCACCAGCCACUGGAAGCCCCUUCCCCCUGACCGAUCCGAUGAUGAGCACGACCCUGUGGACGGCACCUCCAGACCCCGAUACUCCCACAACUGUCUGAGUGACAGCGAUACAGAGGCAAAGCUGGCGGAGACCAAU